AUGAACAACCAACUCGGACUCCGAGGGACAUACAGUCCUUCUCUUCGAGAUCGUUCAGUGUGGAAGGUCAUCGGGCCAGUCUUAGAGGCGUCUUCCGGAGUCACUGAAGUAGAAGGGCAGGUUCCACAGACAAGCGACCUCACUUUCCAACAGGAAACCACUACGAAGACCGUCCAGAUAUUGCUCCUGACUCCAACCUCCCUCGAUGCUCCCGAAAAGCAGAGCACCGGCCUUCGUUUGAGACAAUUUGUAGCCUCUAGCCCAGCAAUGCAUCCGAGUAAAGCAAUUGCGUUUCUCUUGUCGGAGGACUCAUUCACCAGUGCUAGUGGGAGAUAUAGCCUGAAUAGCCUUCUAGCUUUGCAAGUUGUCAUGUUUGAGAGUCUCACGAACCUCCUCCCGGUGAUCUCUAUUCCAGACGCACCCUCCUUUCUCCCAGCCAUACAGGAUUUCAUGGCGAAUCUCGAGGACAUACCGGUGCCUAAUCCGUCACUCACUGAUUCCGUUGCACUGCUAUCUCAUGCUACUUCGGACUAUCCUGGCACUCUUAGCGAAGAGACCAGGAAUAUACUGAGUGACUUAUUUCCGUCUUUCAGGAAAAUGAGUCAGGCUACUCGCUCACAAGAAGGUCAGAAAAUAAUUGAACAUUACUUCGACAGUACUGCUGCGGAGAAUAUCAUAAACUUCUGGAAGGAAGAUGUUUCGAGGGAAUGA